AUGCCUCUCGGUAAAAGCAAGUCGUGCGUGCUGAGUUACACGAUCUUCGACCAUCACAUGGAGCUCGCUGAAGUGUCCCUGAUGGCACUCGCCCACCACGUCGACCUCGGCAUUAACGGUAUGACCACCUUCAACGCUGCAGAGCAUCUAACGGCAAAAUGA